ACAUCCUGUGUUGUUGACGUGCAGUUUGUGUUGGUUUAAAAAACAAUAUAUAAUAUAAAUUACCGAAGGUUUUCAUUCGUCGAUUAAAAAUCCGUAAGAAAUACCCGCGGAAAGAGGGGUCGUUGGUUAUUUUCUGGAAAAAAAUUAUAAUCAAGGGUUCAGGCCGGAGAGACUCGGUUGUUGAAAUUUCUCUGAUAGAUCGUUAAAAAAAGUCUGGCGCGGAAUCCGAUCGGAGACAAUCGGCAAAAAUUGGACAGUUCAUCGAUACGGAAAAACUGAACAAGGCGGCGAAAAAAUGUCGGACGACGACCGGGGGGCGGACAACGAGAAACCGUUCGCCAUAGAGCGGGCGAAGACGGGUCGUGCGAAGUGCAAGAAAUGCAAAUGUCCGAUCGACCAGGGGCUCGUGAGGAUAGCCAAGCUGAUGACAAACCCUUUCGGCGACGGUAAAAUGAAAGCGUGGCAUCAUCUGUCUUGCAUGUUCGACGUAUUCGCCAAGCAAAGGGCGUCCACCAAGCGAAUAGAGGAUCCCGAGGACGACGUGUCCGGAUGGGACGCGAUGGACGACGAGGGGAAAGAAGCGCUCGCCGCCAAGCUGGAAGAUUUUGAAAAUUCCGCGCCGUUCAAAAAGGUCAAGAAAAAUUCACCCCCGAAAAAAGUCGCUGUUCCGGCCAAAGCGGCGGGGGGGCCGUCCAAAGUCGGAAAACCGACCGCUGCAACCGCCAAAGUCGGAGGAGGUGCACGUCCGGGACCUUCGACGAGCGCGGAUUUUUCCGCCAACGGUGAAUCGUCGCGAGAAAUUCUACCGAAGAAAACAACGACCAAAGACGAUUCCUUCAGAGAAUUUCGACGCUUGUGCGCGGCCGUUUCCAACGCCAGCGCUUACACGAGCAAAACGUCGAUAGUGAGGGAAAAAUUUGCGAAGGGAUCCGAUGGGGACGGAUUCAAGAGCGACGUGAUACUCUGGUGCAAGAUGCUCCUGCCCGGAAUAACUAAGAGAAUUUACAACCUGCAGAGCAAGCAGUUGAUAAAAUUGUUCAGCCGGUUGUUCAACAAGGACGAGGACGACAUGUUGGAACACCUCGAACAGGGCGACGUUGCGGAAACGAUUCAAAUAUUUUUUGAAAAAAGUUCGCUAGUCCAACCGAGCAAGACCAGCGACCUCACGAUCCAGGAGGUCGACGAAUUUCUCGAGAAACUUUCCAGGCUAACCAAGGAAGACGAGCAGACGCAGCACUUGAAAUCCAUACUAGUCAGAUGCACAGCCAACGAUCUCAAGAUGAUAAUAAGACUGGUGAAACACGAUCUCCGAAUUACGGCGGGACCGAAACACAUUCUGGACGCGAUCCACGAGGACGCUUACGAGGCCUUCCAAGCGUCCAGGGAUCUCGAAUCGGUUGUCGCGAGAUUCGUCAAACGAUCCGGAAAUACGGAGAAUAAUAUCACUACCGACCAUCCGGAUGGCGAAGAUCGAAAAAAACCGACGGUAUCCGGUAGCAAAAUAGGAAUCUCGUUAAUGACGCCCGUUCUCCCGAUGUUGGCGGAGGCUUGCAAAUCGGUGGCUAUGGCGAUGAAAAAAUGUCCGAAGGGUAUGCUGUCGGAGAUAAAGUACGACGGUGAGCGUGUCCAGGUCCACAAACGUGGUGAAGAGUUCCGGUACUUCAGUCGUUCACUGAAACCCGUGAUGCCGCACAAGGUAAAUCAUUUCAAGGAUUAUAUACCCAAGGCGUUUCCGGGUGGGGAUGAUUUGAUACUGGACACCGAGGUCCUGAUGAUCGACACGAAUACCGGAAAACCUUUGCCGUUCGGAUCGUUGGGAGUUCACAAGAAAGCUGAAUUCAAAGACGCGAACGUCUGCCUGUUCGUCUUCGACUGUCUCUAUUACAACGGCGAACCGUUGAUGGAAAAAUCGAUGCAAAAACGACGACAGAUCCUCAAGGACAAAAUGACGGUGAUACCGAAUCGGAUAAUGUUAUCGGAAGUGGAGGAGGUUCAGGAUCCGAAGGACUUGGCCAACAUGAUAGCGAAGGUCAUAAAACUCGGACUGGAAGGUCUGGUUCUGAAGGACGUUACGGGCAAAUACGAGCCGGGAAAAAGACAUUGGUUAAAGGUAAAGAAGGACUAUCUACUGGAGGGUGCGAUGGCGGAUACUGCAGAUCUGGUUGUACUCGGCGCGUGGUACGGAACGGGAAAAAAGGGUGGCAUGAAGUCCGUUUUUUUGAUGGGCUGUUACGACGAGGAUAAGGAUCGUUGGGUGACGGUGACGAAGGUGCACACCGGCCACGACGACGCGACGCUCGCCCGACUUCAGGGCGAAUUGGAGAUGGAUAAGAUCGCAAAGGACGUUAAUCUGAAGCCCCGAUGGCUUCACGCUAACAAACCGAUGGUUCCGGACUUCGUCGCCAAGGACCCGAAGAAACAACCAGUUUGGGAGAUAACAGGGGCAGAAUUCACGAAUCAGGGUGUCCACACGGCCGACGGUAUAAGCAUCCGAUUUCCCCGCGUCACUCGCAUCCGGGACGACAAGGACUGGAGGAGCGCAACGUCCUUGAAAGAACUGCGGGUAUUGUUCGGGAGGAGUUCGGAUUCGGUGGACGUUGAUUUGCUACUUGGAAAUGCCGGAUCGAGCCCUCCGACCAAACAGCGAACUUUGGAGGCGAUGUUGAGGCCGGCGAGGUCCGAAAAUUCCGACGAUUCGUCGGUCGGGAACAAAGCCGACGAAUCGGAAGAUUCCCCGGCCCGAAGCGAUCGAAAACCGUCAUUGAAACCGAGCGGUGGCCGCGACGAGAUAGACGCGAAAAAAAAUGGCUUCGCCAGGGGCGCAGCUACCGGAAACGCGGGACGACGUUCCGACGUCGACGAGGAGGAUCGUCCGGUCGAGGGGGCCGGGAGGAGGGAGGCGACCGAUGAAAACCGCGAGGAUCGUCGUCGGCGGAGCGAAUCGAAGCGAAAAAUCGAAAACGACCCAGGCGACGACGACCCCCGUACGCUGCCGUCGACGUCGACGUCGACGACGUUGGAAACCGUGGGGCGAAUCGACACCAAGCGAAGAAAACUAACGACCGGAUCCCCGGAAACCGGCGACGAACGGCGCGCGAAAAAUAAGACCGAGGAACCCUUCGAUAACGUUCGGGUGGCUUUGGCGGAGGACAUCGACAAGGACGACGAGAAAACGCUCUCCGUUAUCCUCACCAGACUCGGAGCCAAAAUGUUGAACGAAAAUACGGAACAUCUGGCGACACACGUUAUACAUUCCAGUUCGGAAGUACCUUGGACAAUAGUAAGAGUGCCCGGCAAAAUUCCUCCCACGGCACGUCACGUGACCAAGGAAUGGGUGGAAGCUUGCUACUCGGAUCUGGGGGUGCCGCCGGAUCCGAAACCGUUCGCCGUUACUCUGACCGCGUCGCAUUGCACCUGCCCCUGUCCCCACCAGAGUUGAUCCGAACCGAGACUAGAUCCGAGGAAAAAAUUAACACAGCUUCUAGAAUCGCAUUAAAUAGACGUGUGCGGCGUACCUGGCGUGAUAAAUAUGUGAGGUAAUUAACGCGACGCUGUAAUUGAAAUUAUCCAUCGAAAUACGAUCAAACGAAACACAAUAGAGAUUCAAAAUCGAAAACUGAAUUCCGAUCAGAACCGCAGUUGUAAAAUGAUCUUGGAAAUUUCGUUUCUUCGAUUCUUAUAAUCGUAUAAAUCAUUCUUACCUGGGA